CCCACCUGGAAGAAUGGAGCAGCCCAGCAAUAGACCCUGUGUGUUAAGCUUUGUUUCGAGGCUCUCCUCCUCACCUCCAUGGUGCAGGCCCCCAUCUGAGGCUCGGCUCUAUUUAAAGCCGGUAUACCAAGGCACAUUCUCUCCUGUGCUCACUUUCCCUGCUGGCGAGGCAGUGCAUCGCAGGAGCUGCUUGCUUGGAGCAGGCUAAAAUAAUAAUUAAGGAAGAAAGAAGUGUGAAGGACAGACAAACAAGAUGUUGGUGCUGUCUAAUGACACAGCCCUGAAUUCACUUCUCUCCAAGCUACUUCAACACUACCUGGAGCAGACAAAUAGCUCUGCACCUUCCCAGGCUGUAAGUGCCAGCAGCAACCUGGAAAUCAUCUAUGUGCUGCUGAUAAUUGGCCUCUUUGGCUUCUUCACAGUGGGAGUCAUGCUGACCAACAUCCGUGCCAGGAGGCUGGAGAAUUCCCACGACCCCUACAACACCUACAUUGCCACAGACAUUUGGCACAAGAAAGACAGGGAGUAUUUUCAAGCCAAGCUCAUAGAAAAUUACAAGCUGUGCUGUGUCUUUGAAAACCAGCUGGCUGUGGAGCAGCCAAGCAUGCAGAUUCCUGAAGCAAAGUCUUCCUAG